AUGGCGUCAAGAUCGUACGACAAAGUCCCUGAUAUAUACGAUCAACUUGUGCUUCAGAUUGCUUCACAAGGCAUUUCAUUUCAAGACAAAUGGCCGUAUGUGGUUCAUCUUCUAGGUCAUGCUGAUGGAUUUUGUCAUGUGUAUGUGGACAAGUCUGCAGACAUGGAAAUGGCAAAGAACACAGUUUUAGAUGCAAAAAGAGACUACCCUGUAACCUCUAAUGCCAUAGUAUGUAGCGUGAAAUUUCUUGUUGAUGCUGGGUGUGCUGCCGUAUUUCACAAUGCAAGAACAAGAUUUAGUGAUGGAUUUCGGUUUGGUCUUGGUGCAGAGCAAAUGUCAUUCACGGAGAUCUAA